GACAACAGAUACUUUUCUCGGCAGUAACCACCAAGACAUCAUGACAACACGAUCACUCGCAUCCUCUUCGACGCGACGACCGUCGGCUAUCGGUCCGAUCAUCGCGCUUCUUCUUAUCGCGGCUGCACAAAUAUGUAGCGGAGCCUAUUACGGAAAGCUGAUCGACAAGCUGUCCGAGCUUCACCAUGGCGUGAGCGGCGAAGUUUACGCCGUCGAUGCAAGGACGUUGUUUAUCAAGGACUUCACUUACGACGGCGAAGGUCCCGCCGCUUUCUUUUACGCUGGUAACAGCAAGGCUCCGGGCAACAAUGGGUUCCGGGUGCGAGACGAACGUGGAACCACGAACGUCCUCAAACGGUACCGCAAGAAGGAUAUCACGCUGACCUUACCGGACGGCAAGACCUUAAACAACAUCAAAUGGUUCUCGGUUUGGUGCGACGAAUUCUCAGUAAAUUUCGGCGAUGUCAGAAUACCGCGUGGCUUCGAUUAUCCGAAACCACAGAAAUUGAAAGCGUUAAGCGGCAUACACGGCGUCAGUUCGGACCCGAUUGUCGUUGUAGAUGCUCAAACUCUUCUCAUACAAGGCUUCAGUUACGACGGAGAAGCACCUGAUGCUAAGUUCUGGGUUGGUGCCGGUCCUACGCCCUCGUCGCAGGGUAUCCGAGUACCCGAUGAGAAUGGAAAGGAGCAGCCAUUGCGUCGUUACGUUCGCAAGACGAUCGUUCUGACACUACCGGGCGACCUGACCGUUCAUCAACUCGGCCACUUCGGAGUAUGGUGCGAAGCCUUCGCCGUGGACUUCGGCCACGUUCAAUUUCCGCAGACUAUGAACGUGCCACCGUCUCUCAGAAUGUUGGGAGUUUCGCCGCAGUCGAAACUUAACUGUGAAGUUCUCGAGGACAGUUUAGCUUUUGAAGCACGUUGGGCCAUAGCCGGGGAUAGCAUAGUUAUUCAACUCGUUGCAAAACUCGAUGACGGACAAUACAUGUCCUUUGGAAUAUCCGCGGACACGGAGAAAAGUGUAAUGAUCGGCGGAGACGUGGCCGUGGCUUGGGUCGACAAACAGACGUUGCAGGGAUCCGCCGACGAUUACUUCUUAGAAUCGAAAUCUCAAUGCUCUGGAGGCCGAGGUAGCUGUCCAGACGUACGCAUACAGGAAAACACGAAUUCGGUGCGAUUACUGAACGCGGCGAUGGUGAACGGCUACAGCAUCGUGACGUAUCAGAGACCGCUGAAGGCCAGCGACGAACUGGAUCUUCCGAUACUGACAAAUAGAUCGCAGGCUAUAAUCUGGGCCAUUGGGCCGUUGAAUGAGCUACAGGAGGUCAGUUUUCACAAUCAUUAUCUGAAGACUGAUCGGUUCAUCGAAUUUAGCAGACCGCCCACAUGGAAUUGUCCCAUGCCCGAUCAAGAGCAGAUCUUGUCCUACGGCGACGCUAACGACACGCAAAAUAACAAUCAACAGCAGCUAAGUGCCACAAAAAGACAGCAUCGUCAUCCAGCGACUCCUGCGCCGGCCCCCACGAACAACGCUUGGGAAAUACCGCCGAUUCAGUGCAACGAGCCGGAUGAUGGCGUUUUUUACGCGCAGAUGGGACCUACCGGAGGAAAACACGGCUAUCCGGCUAUUACCGGUCACGUCGGCUGGGGAAUUUCUUGGUACAUCAACGGACUGCUGAUACCCGUGAUUAAUGUCGUUCGCGGCAAGAGGUACACUUUUGUAGUGGAAGGUGGCUUAGAUUCGGAGACACCGGCGCGUUAUCAUCCGUUCUACAUUACGGACGAUCCGAUAGGCGGUUACCAGCACAAAACAUCCGAGGAGAAAGCGAAAGUGAAGAUAUUCGCCGGUGUGCGCCGGCAACGUGGCAAAAUUAUCCCCACAGGCGUAGGUCGUCUCUGCAACUGGGUGCCCGAUGAGAAUCAACCUCCUGCGGAUGAAUUCGCAUCUUUCGGAGCUUAUCAACGCACGCUGACUCUCGAGUGCGAUCGCGGUGAGCCGGGUAUCGUGGAAUGGACACCUGACGAAAAUACACCCGAUACAGUGUAUUAUCAGUGUUUUACACAUCGUUAUUUAGGCUGGAAGAUCAACGUGCUUGACAGCUGCGAUGUUAGCGAAGCGUCGUCGGCGGCCAGUGAGAAGCAUGAAGUGUACGCAGCACCCGCAAGGAGCAGUCAUCAAGCGGCGAGUCAAGAUCUCGAGUAUGACGGCAGCAUAGCCGUAGCGAGCAAGGUAAAGCCACCGGCGGAGUUUCUUCAUCAACAUCAUGUUCAUCAUUCUCAUCGCGAGCACGGCCAUCGUUAUCCCCAUCAUCACUCGACGACUAACCCAGUCAGCAAGCUAAGUGUCAACUCAUAUCAUCAUCCGCAGUUACUAACGAACGCCAAUAACAAUUACGAUCGCUUGCAAUCAUCAUCAUUAUCAUCGUUGUCGUCUUCCGAGAAAUUGUAUGGCGGUGACACGACCGAUAAUAUAAUUGCGCCUUAUCGAUCGUACGAGACUCGUCUGAAGAACAAAAAUCAUAUUGAUGAGGAAGCUUUGCCGCAGCAGAAGCAGCAACAACAGCAACAGCAUCGACCGACCGUCAAAGAACCAUCAUCAUCCCUUCAUACCGGUCAUUCGCAACUCACGGAGCUCGGACGAGAGAUUCAACAGCUGACUCCCACAACUAACAAGCAAUUAUCUAACCUCGUUGCAGAUUACCAACGACCAUCAUUGAGCCAUGGGGCUAAGUUGCCUUACGUAGCGACGGCCAACAGCAACGCGCAACUAUCGAGUUACUCCCGAGCGCCGCAUCAUUACGCGAGCAAUUAUCAUCACCACGUCCGCCAUCAGCUUCUUCCUUCGCAUCGUUAUCAUCAUCAACCCGAAUCUCCGAGGACUCAACUGAUGAUCAUUCGCCGACCGGUUCAAUUAACGCGUCGUCCGAUGUUGCAGACACUACAAUCGAGCAAUCUAAUAACCGGUGGUACACUAUCGUUGCCGUUUUCGUUGCCGUUGCCGUCGCCACGGCCGAUCUUCAUAGAGCGUAAAAAAUCCGCUUACCGAUCCCCGCCAGUCGCGACGACGUUGAAGACGACGUUUGACAAAGCGGGGCCCGCAGCUACAUUCGAAAAACACACGACAAAAUCGGACACAAAGCAACGCGUGAAACUCGAGGCUAAAGUAGGGUCGGAAACACCGUCGGAAAUUUCUGAAAAUUAUAUAAAUCCUUCGUGGACAGUUUUAAAACCUGCGCGCAACACCGGCUUUGAUCCUGAUUCCAUCGUAAUCGAGGGUGGCUUCAAGCCAAUCAUUAGAAAGGUCGAUGACGGAACAUCGUCGUCCGAAAUCGCGCAGAAAAGAAUCUCGGGACACAUUACAGGAUCGUCGCAGGACGAGGUAUAUCGUAAGAGCUCGGAUUAUCGAACGAUCGACGAAUUUUCACCCGUGUUCGUACCAUCACUGUCCAUGACAACGUCUGCCGUGAUUGACAGCAACCGGAAACGAAAAAAGAAAACGUCUCCUGCCAACACACGCUUCUCGCCGCGAUACGACGAUUCAGAUGACAUGGAAAUGGCGGCUGAUAUUAGACUGGAUACUUAUUAUCUUCCGCCAGUCGGAAGCCCUAAGCCUGAAGAUCUGCCGGUUUCUUCGCCCUCGGGCGUUCUGAUCACUUAUGACGGAAAGGAGCUAAAGGAUCCCUCCGGUUUGGCUAAGUCGGUAUCCAACAUCGAACAUCGCAGCAAGAGCAGACUGACCUCAGACAUUCUUAGCAAAACGCCACAGUUCGGUAAGUUCCAGGGUGAACUGCCUCCGUUGAUACCAGGAGAAAAACGCAAUGUCGAAACGAAUGGCUCGAAUGUCUUCUACGGCAAGAAAGACCGUUCGUCGGUUAUUGAUUUGCCUCUUGAACUUCCAAAGAUGAGCACGAGGCUGACAUUGAUAGAAAGAUCAAAAAGAUCGCCGCUCGAAGAUCGUACGAUGUCCAGCGUGGACUUUCAGCGAGAUCACUCGAAUCAUCAUGAACAUCGAGGACGCAAUCAGACUCAAGCGAUUAACGGCGGUAAAAAGACGCAACUCAACACUUUCGGAUAUGCCGUUCUGAUGGCGACUGCAAUAUAUCUCGCGAUCUGAAACACGCCGACGGUUUCUUCGUAUCCUCGACGAAGCGCCGGAAAAAAUCAAGAUGUAGAUCAUCCAAGCGUGCUUGUGGCUCGCGCAAUAGAAUCGUCCGGAAAUUGCGGACACUAUACUUCAAACUGUGUUAACACCGGGAAAGGCAUUACUAACCAUGAAAAAAAAAAACCACUGGUUUCCUAUACAAAGUAGUACAAUCUUGUCUGUCAAGCUCGCGUCUCGCGUCUGCUGUUUGUCCAUCCGUCUUCCAUUGCUUAUUCUAUAUGUCACGACAGCUACUGAAAUUUAUUACAGACUGUUUUGAGACACAUUUCGAAUUUGAACAACGUAGAAUUUUAAUAAAUGCAAGAUAAAUUAGCUAAGUUUUUAUAUUGCAACACUAUAAUAUAUACAAAAUAUUCUAAAAUAUAAUUAAAUUAUAAAAAUUGUCAUUUAUAAGAGUUCUGUGAAAAGAAAUUUGAUAUAUUUAAACUAAUUAACAAAAAAUAAUGAGAACACUCAGUUGAGCUAAAAAGAUGCCGGUAUAUAACUGGAGAUGGAGGCGUUUGCAGCAACAGGCAUUUGUUGAGUUUUACUGGCUUUUGUAAAUAAGUUAAAAGAAUUGUUAAAAUAAAGGUACUCUUGUGACACAG